UCACCAGCAUGGAGUGACCUGAGUCAUCUCUGGAUGCCACUCGAAGGCUCAGCAGCCAACGACUCCUCAGCUUCAGAAGGACCCUGGCAGUCUCCAGUGGGCGGUGGCAACCCAUCAGGACACUGGAAGGGGAGUGGCGGGGGCCUGGGGGGCAGGCAUGCUGUGGUCCCAGCCUCCCCUUCCCAGGCUCCGUCACUCCAGGCCCCUGCUAAGCCGCCCAGCCACCCCGGCCGCCUGUAGGGGGGUUAGAGGCUUGGCCGGGCUCCUUCUCUCUUCCAGACCGGGGGCAGCCCGUUUGCCUUUGCUGCGUCCUGGUGCUUGUCGCAUGAAGGGGGCAGCACUCCCUGGGAACACACCAGACAGUCCCAGGUGCCAGCGGGAAGGAAGCCCCCUGCCUGAUGGGGCUGCCUGAGCUUCCCCGGGGCCCCUCGGCUGCUGCAGGCCGUCAGAGGUGGGAGUUGCAACACGGGACUGAAGAGGUUAAUGUGCAUCUGCCUCCGAAUGUUAAUGUGUCUAAGUGAUGUCAGUGGGAGCCGGGAAGGAAGGAGUGGGAGAGCGGUAGGGCUUGGAGGCUGCCGACCGGAGUGCUGAGGAAGACCCCCCUCGGACUGCGGGGCUCGGGCUCCGGGACGAGGCGGGUGGCGCUGGAGGCUGCCGCAGCCUGCGUGGGUGCCCAGGCGAGCAGGCGCCGGCGCCGGCGGAAUGGACCUGGGAGCCCCGCUGCUGCCCACCGGCCCCAAUGCCAGCAACACCUCGGACGGCCCGGAUAACCUCACCUCGUCCGGGCCACCUCCUCGCACAGGUAGUGUCUCCUACAUCAAUAUCAUCAUGCCCUCAGUGUUUGGCACCAUCUGCCUCCUGGGCAUCAUCGGGAACUCCACUGUCAUCUUCGCGGUGGUGAAGAAGUCCAAGCUGCACUGGUGCAGCAACGUCCCUGACAUCUUCAUCAUCAACCUCUCGGUGGUGGACCUCCUCUUUCUCCUGGGCAUGCCCUUCAUGAUCCACCAGCUCAUGGGCAAUGGUGUCUGGCACUUUGGAGAGACCAUGUGCACGCUCAUCACAGCCAUGGAUGCCAACAGUCAGUUCACCAGCACCUACAUCCUGACUGCUAUGGCCAUUGACCGCUACCUGGCCACUGUGCACCCCAUCUCCUCCACCAAGUUCCGGAAGCCCUCUGUGGCCACCCUGGUAAUCUGCCUCCUAUGGGCCCUCUCCUUCAUCAGCAUCACCCCCGUAUGGCUCUAUGCCAGGCUUAUCCCCUUCCCAGGAGGCACAGUGGGCUGUGGCAUCCGCCUGCCCAACCCAGACACUGACCUCUACUGGUUCACCCUGUACCAGUUUUUCCUGGCUUUUGCCCUGCCCUUUGUGGUCAUCACAGCUGCAUAUGUGAGGAUCCUGCAGCGCAUGACCUCCUCAGUGGCCCCUGCCUCUCAACGCAGCAUCCGGCUGCGGACAAAGAGGGUGACCCGUACAGCCAUAGCCAUCUGCCUGGUCUUCUUUGUGUGCUGGGCACCCUACUAUGUGCUACAGCUGACCCAGCUGUCCAUCAGCCGCCCAACACUCACCUUUGUCUACCUGUACAACGCAGCCAUCAGCUUGGGCUAUGCCAACAGCUGCCUCAACCCGUUCGUGUACAUCGUGCUCUGUGAGACGUUCCGCAAACGCUUGGUCCUGUCUGUGAAGCCUGUGGCCCAGGGGCAGCUUCGAGCCAUCAGCAAUGCCCAGACGGCUGAUGAGGAGAGGACAGAAAGCAAGGGCACCUGACCCUUCCCCUGCCCCCUAGGGCACCUCCAUGUCAGACCACCACCGCAGACCAUGGGGAGAGAUGCUGAGGAAAACCCAAGAUCACUCAGGGAGGAUGUAAGGAUGCUGGGUGGUCAGGGGCUGUUGCAACUCACAACAUUCCGUAGGGCCCACAAAUCGCUGGGGAGGCUUGGAGUCAGGUUUGGGGGCUUCAAGCAUCAGAAAUUCCCUUGGGAGAUCAGGGUGAGACCUUUGGAAGAAGAGGAAAAUUUUGGUUUAAAUGUUCAGUUGAGCCCUCUAUCUGCUUAGCUCCCAAAUAUCUUCUUCCCAACAGAAGGGGGGAAAGGAAUUCUGCUGGGUUUCUUUAAAAUCAGGCAGGGCCAGGGUGUGAGCAGUGGGACCAACCUGCACAGGGCCCUGGGGAAAUCGGGGAGGGGGUGCGGCCUCAAAGCUCUUUCCUAUCUCCCAUUGGUUUGAUGGAGGCAGCCUUUCUCCCAGGCUGGAGAAUGAUGAAAAAUGAAGCAUGCCCCCUCUCUGUGUUAUAGCAUCCUGGGUUUGAUUUCCCUUUAUCUCUAGGGGAUGCAUGUUUAUUUUGGGGUUGGGGGGCUCUGACACCACAGGAGUAAAAGCCCAGGUUGCAAGGAGAUCCACUUACUGAGACUAACACGUGUACCUGGGGUAGGUAUGGGUGUGGGUAUUAAGAAAAAUGGGGAGGCAAGAGGACUUCUGCAGCUGUGGCGACAUUGUCUCGGUGGGGCACAUCUGUCAGGCACCAAAUCCGGAGUGACGCCCAUCAGUGUCCUGCAUGUGUGGGGUCAUUCUGAUGUCCUGGUGUGUUUGAAUCAUCUUUUUGUUCUAGCACUUCCUCUCCAAAAUAAAGACGAAUAAAGGGAAAUAUCCACCCACA